UGUCUCAGCAAGGAGGGAACGGUGUAAACCAGACGGGGUGGAGCAACAUAUUGCCUCGCCCCUUUCCGUGCAGACAGCCUUGUGUCCCGUUUGCCUUGUGCGCUGUAAAAAGUAUUGGAAGUAACGGGCAGAAAGAGGGGGCCGGUCUAUGGGAGGGACUACUGCAUAGGGGGAAUUAGAGGGAGGAGGGGGCGGGGAGGCGGCAAGGGUGCUGUUUCUCCAGUCUCUUUCCCGUGUCUUUGUCUCAUACUCUUUUGUUAGCCAUGCCUAGCCUGCUGGUUCUAGCAGGGAUCAUGGAGAAAAAUGGGGGCUACGGCGGGGAUCUAGCCAGCUCCGGCUUCGGUAGCGAAGGUCUCCUGGUGCCAACCGAUGAAGAGGAAGACGACUCCCGUGCCCUUAGAGUUGCACUGGGCCAACUGUCUUUGCUGGGUCUUGGAGAAAACGAAGACGGUGGCGGGGCUCCUGCCACAGGAGUUCAGGACCGGAGUAACAAUAACAAUAACCAUCACAACCACGCUAACAGCGUUGGAGGAGGAGGAGGUGGGGACACUGGAUUGUUACAAGGGAAGAGCAAGUUAUGUGUCCUGUAUGAGGGUUCCUCAACUGAAACGAAAGGACGGGGCUGCAACAUAACUGAGUGUGUUCCUGUGCCAAGCUCUGAACAUGUGGCCGAAAUAGUGGGGAGACAAGGCUGCAAGAUCAAAGCCUUACGGGCAAAGACCAACACUUACAUCAAGACUCCUGUUCGAGGUGAAGAACCCGUCUUUCUCAUAACUGGUCGUAAGGAGGAUGUCGCACUGGCCAGGCGUGAGAUCAUUUCUGCAGCGGAGCAUUUCUCCAUGCUGCGGGCAUCCCGUAACAAACUGGGCGUGUCUUUCAGUGGCUCUCCUCCAGCACCCAUGCCUGGUCAGACUACCAUCCAGGUUAGAGUGCCCUACCGGGUGGUUGGUCUUGUGGUUGGACCCAAGGGGUCAACCAUCAAACGCAUCCAGCAGCAGACCUGCACCUACAUCGUCACUCCCAGCAGGGACAGGGACCCCGUCUUUGAGAUAACGGGUUCCCCCGGGAACGCCGAGCGAGCCCGCGAGGAGAUCGAGGCGCACAUCGCCUUCCGUACAGGUGGCUUGCAUGACCACAACAAUGAGAAUGACUGCCUGGGCCCUGAGAGCGGUAGCGGGGGUUUGGAGAGCCGCCUGCAGCAGGUGUGGGGGCUGCAGGGGGGCCAGCGCAAGCCGCUCACCAGCAGCUACCGCCAGAAUUUCUCAGACACCGUGGUUGGAGGUGGUGGUGGAGGAGGAGGAGGAGGAGGUGGAGGAGGAGGAGGAGGAGGAGGGGGAAUUUACAGCAAGGGUGAGUUUCCCAAUCCAAACGGCGGCGAGAAACCGUGCUCAUAUUACGGUUCUGAGGGCAGUCAGAGCUGGGGCGAUCCCGACUUCCCCAAACAGGUGGCCUUCUACGCCCAGCAGCGUUCCAAAAGCUUCGGAGGCCUGCCUCUCCCUCUGACCAGACUCUCCCCUGGCUUACCCGAACCCUGCGGCACCACCGGCUCCACUGCAGUUGGAUCUCCUCACGCCCAGGCACGCCGCGCCCACAGCGAACCCACCUCUGCCAGCGCCGCGUUCCCCGGCCGGCUCCCGGUACCGGACUCCCCACCAGCUGUUGUCCGGGACUGCAUGACCUGCUUUGAGAGCAAGGUGACAGCUGCCCUGGUCCCCUGUGGCCAUAACCUUUUCUGCAUGGAGUGUGCCAUCCGAAUCUGUGAGCUUAACCAUCCUGAGUGUCCUGUCUGCCACACCCUUGUCACACAGGCCAUCCGAAUAUUCUCCUAA